UACAUCUCUAAUCUGUUAAUACCUUGGGAAAACAAAACAUUGUUCUUUACGUGUAAACUUUUAAUAAUAGUUGUUCCUAAAGCACAACUAAGAAAAGGAUUAAGCCAAAAAUAAUGGAUUGUGAAGAUAUGCAAAUGAUAAUAUCGGAGGAACCGAAUCUCUCUGAACGCAAGGAGGGAGGUAAACGAGGACGUAAGCCCGGCCGAAAAGCAUCAAACGAAAAAAUUGAUAUUAGAGCUAAGUUAGAACGGAGUCGUCAAAGCGCCCGUGAGUGUCGUGCUCGCAAAAAAUUGCGUUAUCAAUAUCUGGAAGAACUAGUUGCUGACCGAGAAAAAGCUGUUCUUGCAUUGCGUGCAGAACUGGAGCGUUACAGACUAUGGAGCUCUGAAUUGAGUGAAGGUCGUAUACCGAAUGGUUUUCAGCAAUUAUUAGAGGAGACGGGUUUUGUAAAGCAAGAAAUAGUUGUUUGAUUUGUCUUAAAAUUUAUUAUAUUUAAGUACAAAUGUUAUUGAAAUUGUCUAAUAAAUAUAUUUUUAACAUUAAUAA